UUACUGCAUUUCCAGAGUCUAUCAAGCAUAGGUGUCAUUCCUGGAUAUCAGGUUGCCCUGCGGCUCUUCUUGCGGAAUGAAGCUUUGGAUAUGUAUUAACGUCACUGCAUGCAAACUAUAACAGCAGCAGUGAGUGCUGCAGCUCACUGACAGGCACUAAAAACUACCCGGUACAGGACACAGGUACGGUAGGGUGCAAUUUGGUUUUAUAUUUCCUUUUGUGUAAUUUCAAGACUACUGUUCGGGCUAUUGAAGAGAUACGUUUAGACUUCUUUAUGCAUUGUCUUCUCUUUUUCCUCUGUUUUGUACAAGCACGGGUGAAACUCAUGGAGUUGAUUCAUACUCUGCUCCCAAUACUGGACACUAAGAUGGAUGAAAACCACAUGGAGGUAAUAAAGAUGGAGGUAGAAAACAGACUAUCAGACGAGACGCACCAACAUAUGUCUAUGGACGAGGGUCCUUCCAGCAGCAGCAUGAGACUCAAGUUAAGAACCAGACCCAGACUCCAGUCGACCAAAAGUUUCCCCCCUUACAGUCAGUGCAUAGGUGGACUCGGAGAGGAUUCAGAGUGGGACAAUGAGCCUGAUUCAGAGACAAAAAUAGCUUUCCAGCACUCGGACGCCAAGAUGAGUGGAGAUGAGGUAGUCCAGGAACGACAAAGAAAAGAGGACUUAAAGGAGUCAAACAGAAGAUGUGCAAGAGCUGAAGUAAAGGCAAAAUGGAGGACAAGAAGGAAGGAGAGAUUAGGGGGCAGCUUUGAGGUUGAUACAGACGGACGGCGGAGUGCAAGGUUGAGCGUGAGAAAAAGGAUGGAGACUGAAGAGACUGAAGAAGACGGAGAGAGUGAUGAUCAUGAGAUGGAAGGAGGGGAGUGGAACCACUGUGGAGGAAGAGGGAGACAAGAAAAGGACGAGGAGAGGAAUGGGCCUUCUGUUUCAGCUGUACAGGGAGAAGAAGAGGAGAGUGGGGAGACUCCAGAGGGGGAGGAUGAACAGGCUGAGGAGCAGCCUGGAAUCAUAGGGGGCUCCACGUCUCAUCAGUGGCCGUCCCCUCACCCUAUCCUCUCUAAGCUUUUGCACUCCUCCUCCACCUCCCCCUGCUCCUCCAUGAACCUCUCUUCAGCAGAGAGUGACGAGGUCUUCAGCGAGGGGGAGGAAGCCACCUCAAAAAGGAGAACGCUCAGGAAGUGCCGCUCCUGGAAAACUUACCUGACCAUGAUGCACUGGUCGCUGCAGCGGCAGAGCUCCUGGGUUCAGCUGGCUGGACAUCAAGGUAACUUCCAGCUGAGUGAGGGUGGGGAGGUGUUGAAACUGUACAGUGAGGUGGAGGAGAGAUGUCUGGACAGCCUGAUGAGAGACACACUGAGACCCUUCGUCCCUCAGUACCACGGCUUGGUCACCAGAGGGGAGCAUUGCUACAUCCGCCUGGAAGACCUGCUGCGCGGCCUGAGGAGACCCGUCAUCAUGGACUGCAAGAUGGGAGUGAGAACCUUUCAGGUGGAGGAACUUAUCACAGCGCAGUCAAAGUCCUCCAUGCGGAGUGACAUGUACCAGAAGAUGGUGAAAAUUGACCCUUCAGCACCAUCAGCAGAGGAACACGCACAGAAAGCAGUGACAAAGCUGCGAUACCUUCAGUGGAGAGACACAACCAGCUCCUCGUCCACACUGGGCUUCAGGAUAGAGGGCAUCAUGAUGGAUGAUGGCAGCAUCCAACGCGACUUCAGAAACAUUCGGACUUUGGCUCAGGCCACAGAGGCUCUGCUCUUCUUCACCAGAAGUCACCUGGACAUCCUGAAAGCAUACCACUCCAGACUCCUGGCCCUGAGCGAGGCACUGAAGAAUUCACUGUUUUUCAGAACCCACGAGGUGAUUGGCAGCUCGCUUCUCUUUGUCCAUGACCACAGCAGUAAGGCCAGCGUGUGGAUGAUAGACUUUGGGAAGACAACCCCAGUGCCCAACAUGAGUCAGCUCUUGCACGACGUCCCGUGGGCCGAGGGGAGCAGAGAGGAUGGCUACCUCAUCGGUCUGACCUCUCUCAUUGCUUCUCUGGGUCAGGCCAUCAGUGUGGCCUCCUGGCAGCAGCAGGACGGCUGCGUGGGAGAAAAACAUGUUGACCUGAAGUGUGCUGAGGAUUGUGGUUAAAUACCAUGAACACUCACGGUCAGGUGGACAAAAUGGCUGCUUUCACACUCUGAACUCUUGCCUCAUUUCAUUCAGCGAAAGAGACAACAGAGGAUGAUUCUGUUCAUCGUAAAAGCAUCGCCACAGACUUUUAGUGAAAAGAGCAAGAAUAUGACUCGGCUCAAAUUCAGAGAAUUGUGUUGUGGUCGUCUUGAAAUUGUAAAUACUGUUAUUGUCAUCACAAGUUCUUCUUGUUACAAGGACUGAUAUAAGAGAAUGUUUUCCUUUUUAUGUAUUCCCUUUUUGUUGUAAUUUCGAAGAAGGCUAUAUAAAUAUAUAUGAUUGAACACCCUUUAAAUUGUACCUGUUAAGAAUCAGUCUUUUUGACUCAUGAACAGACCAUAAGAUAAAUAUUCGAUUCAGGAGAAAAUAUUAUCAGGGGUUUAAAUUAUUUUCAUAUCACUCAGUUAGUAUAUUUUUGUCCAGAUAACUGACUACAUUCUCUAAAUGAUACUCAACAAUGGGUAACAGACAUGUUUACUUCAAAUGGUGGAAAAAAAAGGGCAAAAACACAUAUAAUUUUUUUAUAAAAUAUUUUAAAAAAAAAUUAAAACACUAAUGUAUUUCACACAAUAUAGACUCUUCCUAAACUGAUGGUGAUCCUUGAGCAGCUUUGAUGUCGUUACAAACUCUUGCAGCCAAAUAUUGUUAAAACAUACAAAGCCUUUCUAAGGUUUCUGAAGUUUUCUAAAAUCAUCAGAUGUUUCAGGUUGAGUUUGGGGGUGAAAGUUAAGAAAGUGGUGCUCAUGUGAUCGUAGACAAUAAUGUUGAAGCAGCUGUAAAACAUCAUACAGCUUCAAACUAUAGUUUUAUUUUCUUUAAUGGAGAGAUAGGACAGUGGAUAGAGUUUGAAAUCAGGGAGAGAGAGUGGGGAUUGACAUGCAGGAAGGGAGCCAUACAUGGGACGCGCGCACUAACCACUGCGCCACCAGCAGCCCCACAGCUUCAACCUAGAACUGAUAGAAGCUGACAAAAGAUAUUUGAUAUGCCAAAACAAGAAAAAGGUCAUAGUCACGCAUCAAAUAGCCUACUUAGGCCUAGAUUCAUUUUAAAAAGACAGAGACUAAAUCAUGUAAUAUGUCUAAAUUAACAGUAAGAUACACCUACUGUGGCUAAGACUAAUAAACCCUUUUAUACAGUC